UGGGUGAGUUCUCUUUCUAUGGGGAUGGUCUUCUUCUGUUCUCCAAUAGUAAGCAUAUUCACAGACCUGUUUGGUUGCCGAAAAGUAGCUGUUGUUGGAGCUGCAGUAGGGUUCGCUGGACUCCUUUCAAGUUCUUUUGUAAGCACCAUUGAACCUCUAUAUUUCACCUACGGAAUCUUAUUUGCUUGUGGCUGCUCAUUUGCAUACCAGCCAUCCUUGGUCAUUCUUGGGCACUAUUUCAAGAAACGUCUUGGACUAGUAAAUGGCAUUGUCACUGCAGGCAGCAGCUUGUUCACAGUGUCACUGCCCUUCCUCUUGAGAGUUUUGAUUGAUUCUGUUGGACUAUGCAACACCUUGCGGGUCCUGUGCAUCCUUAUGUUUAUUCUGUUCCUGGCUGGCUUUACAUACAAACCCCUUGUUUCCAACGACAAAGACAAGGAGGGAGGAAAGAAGGGAAAGUUCAGAUUUCCUUCUGAAAAAAAGAUUUGCAAUUUCUCCGUUUUCAAAGUUGUCAGUUACCGAAUCUGGGCUUUUGGGAUCCCAGCUGCGCUUUUUGGAUACUUUGUGCCUUACGUUCACUUGAUGAACCAUGUAAAAGACAGAUUUGGUGACAGCGUGCCAGAAGAAGUGCUUCUGCUGUGUCUGGGCAUUACUUCAGGAGUUGGCAGAUUGAUUUUUGGCAGAGUUGCAGAUUAUAUUCCCGGUGCAAGAAAAGUUUAUUUACAGGUGGCCUCAUUCUUCUUUAUUGGCCUGAUGUCUAUGAUGAUUCCACUGUGCCACGUCUUUGGAGGUCUCAUUGCUGUCUGUCUCUUCAUGGGCUUGUUUGAUGGGUGCUUCAUUUGCAUUAUGGCUCCUAUUGCCUUUGAGCUUGUUGGGGCUCAGGAUGUCUCCCAGGCCAUAGGAUUUCUCCUAGGACUCAUGUCAAUACCUAUGACAGUUGGUCCACCCAUUGCAGGUUUGCUAUAUGAUCACCUUGGCACCUAUGAUGUAGCAUUCUACCUGGCUGGAGUCCCUCCCAUUAUUGGUGGAGCUAUAUUAUGUUUCAUCCCCUGGGUUCACGAACGGCAGAACUUAAAAGGAAGACCAAAACGUGUUGAUGGAGAAACUACUGAGAAGAUGUUGGAAAAUGAAAGCACUUUGGUGUCGGACACUACAGAAAAGCCAGUCAAAGAAAUGGAAUCUGGGGUUUGAUGCUUUCUUUUCCUGUACCAACCCAACCUUCUUCUACCAAAGCUAGAUUUGUACUUUUUUGGCUGAAGAUACUAUAUGAUACUGAAGAAGUCUUGAACUAUCGCUGAAAUUUCAAAACUGCUAUAAGAAUCUUUUCUACCAUUGAACUUUUUUUGAUGAGCUGUUGAGUUUGAUUUCAAGCCACAUUUUCAAGGUAUUUGAAGUUUUGUAGCAUUAGUGUGUACGUGCGUAGUGAUUCUGCGUGUGAAGAGAAUAUUUUUCUAAUUCAGCAGAACCUAUUUCUGCAAGAGUGAAAGCUGGUUUUGGUUCACUGAACCAGGAUUCUUCAAUAACUUCUAUAGUUCAUCCAAUGCAGGCACACCCAUGGGUGUUUGUACUGGAAAAUGUAGUAGCUCUUAAGAUUUUUGGUCUUUUGAAGUUUCUCAUGCUGUUUUACAGUCUUCUACAAUUCUAUAUCAUGAAAAUCCAUAUGCAUAUUUUUGUUUCCCUUAACUCUUGCUGAAAUAAUUUUGCAUUAGAAAGCUAAAUUAUUAAACAUCUGCUUUAUUUUCUCUAAAUACCCCAGCCUCUUCAGUUUGCUUUAAACACUCGCCUGUUUUUGCAUUCUCCUUUUCACAGUAGCCCAAGUGAAGAACGUUAAAGGAUAAAAUUUUUGAUGGGCACAGGUUUUGAGUGUGUGCAAAAUAAGCUCUGAGUGCAAACACAUUCAGAAGUGAAGCUGAUGAAUGAUAGAUUCUUUUUUUAUUUGGUGAAGGCAAUACUGUUAAUGCAUAUGUGUAUAUCUCUUUUUUUCAGCUCAACCUCAGAAUAGCUGACAGUUUUGAAGUUGUACUGACAGUGAUACUUUGGAGCAGUAUUGUGAAUUGGACUAAAUUUCAAAUUAUUCUGUUGUACUUGUUAGGUUCUUUAUUCUUAAAAAACAAGACAGCUUUAAAGGAUACAUUCUAAGUGCAAUAAUAAGUUGGUUUUACCAUGGAAAUAUACACGAGCUAUUAAAAUGACAUUCAACAAUUAAAGAUUUUUGCACUAAGUGAACAUGCAGGUUUAUUGUAGGUCUUUAUAGCUGUGUUCAAUUGCACGUAGGAUAUAGCUCCAUAUUUUUUUCAAAUAUAAAGAAAUGUCUUUGCAUGCCCUAUUUCUUGCUUCAUGUACUAGACAUAUGACCCUGUUGGUAUUGUUAAGUAUUAUGCACUGUUUGUCAAGCAGGUAUUUCUGAAAAUCUUUCUCUGAAAAAUAUUUGAAAGCAUAAUACUUUGAGGUGAAAACACUGCUUUUCAGUUUAUCCUAAACCACUUCCAAAUACAUUGUUUAUUUGUGGAUAUGGAUCAGCAAUGCAAUGGAAUACUUAAUCAGUCAUUAUUUCAAGUCCAUUUAAUACCAAUAAUUUUCUUGUUUAGAAAUGCCAUAGCAAAGAGUAAACUAAAUGUGAUCUGAAGAAAAAAAUGCAGAUUUUAUGUGCAUUUUCUUAAUUAGCAACAAUACCUGUUCUUUACAUAAACCAUGGAGGCAUAGUGUUUUAAAGUUAUAACCUUUGUUGCCUUUUCUAUUUUUAUUAUUUUUUUUCUCCAGAGUUGUAGUAAAUUGCUCAGAAAGCCUAGAUACAUUUGUGGUAUAAAACAUUAUAUUAGCAAUACUAUUGCGUGGAAAUGUUUACAUCUAUCAACUUACAGAAGUCCUUUAAAUAUAAUAAUGCAAAGUAUCCUAAUUAUCGGAGACCAAAGCUCAUACCUUUUUUUAUAUUGCAGAAUUUCAAUCCUGCUUUACACGAGUGAAGUUUAAAAGAAUCUGAUCUUAAAAUGUUAGAGGUGUAUGGGAGGAACUUGGAGGUGGAAAAAACCCAAACCAAUCUGCAAAUCAGAGGUCCCUUUAGAUUCACUGGAACUUGUGCUUCUGCACCUCAUGAGUACUCCUAAAAAUGUCAUUAAAAUAUUCAUAGUAUUGUUAAUUAAAAUGUCUACAAAAUGCUGCCUUCAUUAUAAAAAUGUUAACAGCCUCUGCUGUUAGGGUCUGGAGUACUCUGUAGAACAUGUUAUUCAGUAUUAACUUUUAUUUGCAAUGUAAAAGGUGUUGAGUAAGUGUGGCAAAAGCCCCUUGUUAUGAAAAAUUAGUAUUCAUCAUGGAUCUUGUUUUGUGUGUUUUUAGUGUUGAGUUUUUAACCAAAAGCAAGGCUGCUUUUUAGCACUGAUGCAAUUUGAUAUUGUGAUGUAAAUGUGGCAUCAUCCUGACUUGCUGCUCUGUAUCUAUUUAAUUAUCUGUGAGAGAAUAUAAAAUAAUUGUUGCUAAGUUUUAGAAAUGAUACAGAAAUAGUAUAACAGUAAUAUGGAUUAAUUAUGCCAUACCCUUUAAAAAUAUAUCUAUAUAAAAAUUCAAACUCUUGUAUUUGAGUUACUAGAAAUGUAAAUUAUGCUCACAAAUAUGAAGGACAGCUUUUUUUUAAAAAACAAACAAACAAACAACCCAGAGUCUCCAGGAAGAGAGUAUGAGUGAAUAAUUGUUUAGGAGUAAUUACUAUAUUAAAAACAGCUUGUGAAUGGGAUGUCAGACAAGAGGGAAGCAGAGUCAGGGGUAAAGAAGCUAUGCUGGUGUGAUGAUGUUGGAAUAAUGAACCUAUUUCCGAUGUUGGUGCUUGUUUUACAACAGUGCUGAAACUGGAAGGCUUCAGAAAAAAAUGAUUUUUUUUUUUAAUACCUUUCAGAAAAGUAAAUGAAUGCAUGAGAAUUCUGUUGGCAUCUUUACUGUUAGCUUGCAUCUAUGGGGAAAAUAUCCAAUGGAAAAUGUUCUUUAUUGGACAUAAGCAAAAGAAGAUUGUGUCCUAAAGCUAUAUAAGGUGCAGUUCAAAUGAAAUUAAAAUUCAGAUUGUUAGCGGUGAGGCUAACUAAACAUUGAGAAACUUACUUAGAGAUAUACUGGAUUCUGCAUGCCCUGAGGUUUUAAAAAUUAGGUUAGCUGUCUCCCUUAAAAAAACCCCAAACCAACAAAACCCAACCCAAAACCCAGAAAACCCAAC